GACGAUCAUAAACCCUAUUUAUACACUGAGAAGAACGGAGCAAAUCGUGGUCUUGUGUUGUGUGGUGAAUCCUCUCCUCUCUGAGAAGAAUCGACAAUGGCGUUUGGUCCUCAGUGCUGCGAAAACCGACCGACCCUUAACCCGAGUUCCGGGUCUGGUCGGGUCGAGAAGCUCGGUGGCCUUGAUGCUUACGUGUCUGGAUCCCCCGAUUCCAAGCUCGGCAUUGUUCUUUUCUCUGAUGUUUUCGGAUAUGAAGCUCCGAACUUGAGGAACCUCGCUGACAAGAUUGCAGCUGCCGGGUUUUUAGUGGUUGUUCCCGACUUCUUGAAAGGAGAUCCUUAUGAACCCGAGAACCAGGACCGGCCUCUUCAUGUCUGGUUGAAAGAUCACGAACCAGACAAAGGCUUUGAGGACUCAAAGCCAUUAAUUGAAGCCUUAAAGAGCAAAGGCAUAAGUGCAGUUGGGGCUGCAGGUGCCUGUUUCGGAGGAAAGGUAGUGGUUGAAAUGGCAAAGAAUGAGCUUAUUCAAGCUGCUGUUUUGCUUCAUCCUUCUUUCGUCACGGUUGAUGAUAUCAAAGAGGUCAAGGCUCCGAUUGCUGUAUUAGGAGCUGAGAACGACCGUACAUCCCCACCCGAACUCUUGAAGCAAUUCGAACAAGUUCUUGCUUCUAAACCUGAGGUCAAGAGCCAUGUGAAGAUAUACGAGAAUGUCUCGCAUGGGUGGGGCAUUAGGUACGAUCCGGAUGAUGAAUCAGCAGUGAAAGCUGCAGAGGAAGCUCACAAGGACAUGUUGGAAUGGUCUCUCAUCCAUGUCAAGUGAAGAACAAGGUGGUUGCUGAAACAGAUCAGACCCAUGAGCUUAUGAUGUGUGUUUUUGUCUGAAUGUGUUGCCAGCCAUUGUUAUGAAGCUUUGUCUGUAAUGUUUGUGUAAAAAUGUAUGUCAUGAAUUUAUCGUCGCAAUAUAAUAAGAUCAUGGGUCAUGUGCUUCCGACGUUUUUAUCUUA